AUGGCGUUGGAGGAUGACGACUGGGACUUGAGUGCCGAAGAACUCGAUUCUCUUGAACGAGACGCUUUCCAGAAACUCGCUCAGCAACGCAUCAACUCUGCUUCUGCUUGUUCUUCCUCUUCUUUUUCUUCUUCACAUAAUCACCACCAGCUGCAUCAGUCUUUUCCUUGCACUGUCAACAACAGUAACAGGAAUUGCUUCCAAAGCUCCCCUGCGAAACCCAUUCCCAAUUCUCUUCCUAACAAGGUAGCACCUUUGUCUCCUGGGACCAGAGUAUUACCUUCAUCAGUCCCAUGUAAAGUAAAUCUUGAUGAGCGUCUGAAGGAGCUACCUAAGCUCUCUGUCAAAUUUUUUCUUCAUGCUAGUGGAAACAUUGCUGCAAAGUUUCCUUAUGACCAGGUGCUAGUAGGUGCUGUCCGCAAGAUCCCCAAAUCCACAUGGAAUGCAAAAGAGAGGUUGUGGAUGUUCCCUAUAUCUUCUUUGUCACCAGCAGAAAAAAUUCUUCAUGAAACUUCUGGUGUUAAUGUUGAGGUAGAUAACUUGGAUCCCUUAGUUCACCGCGCUAUUGCUGCUGCGUUUGUUGUUCCAGAUAUUCGAGACCAAUAUGACAGGAUACCUAGUUGCAUUGAAUCAAAGCUCUUGCCAUUUCAGCGAGAAGGUGUUAGGUUCAUCUUGCAGCAUGGAGGGCGUGCUCUCCUUGCAGAUGAAAUGGGAUUGGGAAAGACUUUACAGGCUAUUGCUGUUGCAUCUUGUGUUCGUGACUCAUGGCCUGUUCUUAUACUAACACCAUCUUCCUUGCGUCUACAAUGGGCGUCUAUGAUUCAACAAUGGAUGAACAUUCCUUCAUCAGAUAUACUUGUUGUUUUGUCUCAAUGUGGGGGUUCAAACAGAAGUGGAUUUACAGUCGUAUCCUCAAACACCAAAGGGACCAUUCAUCUUGAUGGCCUAUUUAACAUCAUCUCCUAUGAUGUAGUCCCUAAAUUACAGAAUUUACUAAUGGCGUCAGAGUUCAAGGUUGUGAUUGCAGAUGAGUCGCACUUUCUAAAAAAUGCUCAAGCAAAGAGGACAACUGCCUCGCUUCCUGUCAUAAAGAAGGCUCAAUAUGCAAUAUUGUUAAGUGGAACUCCUGCUUUGUCCCGACCAAUUGAACUAUUUAAACAGCUGGAAGCCUUGUAUCCUGAUGUAUACAAAGUGUUCACGAAUAUGGGAACAUUUGGAUUGUAUCAAGGUGCAAGUAACCAUGAAGAAUUGCAUAAUUUGAUGAAAGCAACAGUGAUGAUUCGUAGACUGAAAAAUGAUGUUCUCUCCGAGCUUCCUGUGAAGCGCAGGCAACAGUUGUUUGAUUUCUUGGCUGUGGCACCAUAUUCAUUCACAUCAUUUAUGUGCCAUUUGGAGGUGGUAAAAGCGAAAAUUAAGGCCUGCCAAACAAAAGAGGAGGUUGAUUCACUGAAAUUUGCUGAGAAGAAUCUUAUUAAUAAGAUAUAUACUGAUUCUGCUGAGGCCAAGAUCCCAGCAGUUCUGGAUUACCUGGGAACUGUGAUUGAGGCAGGCUGCAAGUUUCUAGUAUUUGCACACCAUCAAUCCAUGAUUGAUUCAAUUUAUCAGUUUCUUCUGAAGAAAAAAGUGGGUUGCAUUCGAAUUGAUGGAAGUAUCCCUACAGUGUCGAGGCAAGCUUAUGUUACAGAAUUUCAAGAAAAAGAUUCUGUCAAGGCAGCAGUGCUAUCUAUCAAAGCUGGCGGUGUUGGAUUAACUUUGACAGCUGCAAGCACCGUUAUUUUUGCAGAACUCUCAUGGACUCCUGGUGACCUAAUUCAAGCUGAAGAUCGUGCUCAUAGAAUUGGCCAGGUGUCUUCGGUCAAUAUAUAUUAUCUUCUAGCAAACGACACAGUAGAUGACAUAAUAUGGGAUGUUGUUCAGAGCAAGUUGGAAAAUCUAGGGCAGAUGCUUGAUGGCCAGGAGAAUACGUUGCAAGUUUCAACCAGCCAGCCGCCGCGAAGCAGCCCUGCAAAACAGAAAACCCUUGACUCUUACAUGAAGCGUUGCAACAGCCAGGAAGACUCUGAAAAUCAGCCCAAGUUCAAAAAUCCAAGGCACUGA